AAGAAAGAAGAUAGACGACAGGAGGAGAGGGAAGAACAGGAGAAAAGGAAAAAGCCUGCAGUUCAACAUGGACUCGAACUUCUCCAAUCAGAGUGGCAUCUGUAGAGGAAGGGAUGCUCCACCUAGUCAUUACUUGUUCAAAAUCAAGUCUUUCUCGUUGCUAUCCAAAGCUCCUGUACUUAACUACACCUCUGACAUGUUUAAAGCGGGGGGCUACCAGUGGAAAUUGUCUCUCUACCCAAAUGGAGACAAGUCCAGAGACGGGGAAGAUCAUAUCUCUAUUUACUUGGCAUUGGCUGAAAUGAGUUCUCUCCCUUCAGGGUGGGAAAUCAAUGUGGUUUUCAAUUUUUUUAUACUCAAUCAGCUUCAGAACAAGUAUUUUACGGUCCAAGAUUGGAGAGAAGGGCGUUACCAUGCAAUGAAGACUGAAUGGGGCAUCACCAAAUUCAUAGACCUGAAAACGUUUCAUAAUCCUCUAAAUGGAUAUCUUAUUGAUGACACUUGUGUGUUUGGUGCGGAGGUUUUUGUUGCCAAAAGUACUUUUAAAGGGGAGUGCUUAUCAAUGACGAAGCAACCUGCUAGUUGUCACUACUAUAUUUGGAGACUUUAUAAUUUUUCGUCAUUACUUGAUCAACGUUACAAUUCUGAACCAUUUGGAGACUACAACUGGAAUAUUAUUCUCUAUCCUAAAGGAAAUGGAGAAGCCAGGGGCAGCAACAUUUCAAUUUAUCUAUCUUACGCUCAGUCAAGUGUUCCUUUAAAUACCAAAUUGUUCGUGAAACUCAUUCUUCGUGUCAAAAAUGCAGGUGGAGAGGACUUGUCACAUCAAACUGAACUCUUGUUAUCUCCCUCUGUUCCUGACUGGGGUUUUCCGACAUUGUCGUUGGCUAAGUUGAAGGAUACGAAACAGGGCUACUUGAUGUGUGACACUCUCAUCAUUGAAGCAGAAGUUACAUUACUUGGUCUCAUAAAACAGUCUUAAUACUUUUGUUAAACAUGUUGCAAGCUUUCAGGAACAUUUGCUAUAUGUAUCGCUACGAUGACUACUGGUAAUUAAACCCAUACAUUGUUCUCUGAUA